AUGGUAAGUGUCGGUUGCCCGGAGACCGCCCGUCCUUUCCCCUUUCCUUUUUUCCUUUUCAUCAAAAAUGUAUACUACUGCCGACUGCGUUUUUGUGAAUCUGGCGGUGCUUCGUCAGUUAAUCCCUCCGGCCAAAUCGCAAUUAUGCGGCAAAUCGAUUCGAAAACCGUUUCGAAAAUGUUGUCUCACGAGACCAGACGAGGCCCCGCCGGACCCGCACUUUCAUCACAUUGCACUACUAAACACACCUACCUGUUUUUAAUCCAAUUGCACGGCAUUUCCCUCUAUCCCGUUUUUUGAUUCACAAUGUUUCAGAACAAUUCGAAAAAAGAAGAUCAACGCUACAUUCAUAUCAUCAGAAUCGGCAGUUUGAAGAUGGAUGACAAGUGGAGGGAAGCCGCUCCCGUCAACGACAUCGAGGCGUCCUCGUGGAUCAGGAUAUUCCGAGCGGUGCACUUUUCUUCCUUUUCUUUUUAUAUAAUAGCUCGAUUUCAGUUCGAUACAGAUCAUGAUGGCCUGAUUCAAUGCGAAGAAAUGCAAAAGACCAUCCGAGAUAGCACUUAUUCGUUUGGUUUCGACCACUAUGAACUGCAGAAAAUGUCGUUGUAUCUGGAAAUGCGGGAGGGGAAACCUGUCGACUUUGCUGACUUCUGCUACUUGGUAAUUAAGCUCUUUGAGAGAUUGAGAGAUUCACAGCGUUUUUUAUUCCAGAUGAGCAAGUGCAAAGGCUACCGUCUCCGCGAAUAUCUGUUCAAAGCAGCGCUGACAGUGACUCCGAAGAGCCAGAGAAUCGCCGUAUUCUCGAAGCUGCAGCAGUACAAGUGCGUGCCGCCGCCGCUCUUCCUCAUUCUUCUCUCCAUCAUCCAACUGGCCUUCUACAUUUUCUACGUCGUCGACUCUUCUGAAGGUGUCUGGCUCUCUGGCCCCAUCCCGACAAUCUCUCCUUUCAUUGUCUCUCACUAUCACAUCGCGGAGCUUUGGAGACUUUUUACCUACUCUCUUAUCAAUGUCGGGUACGUGUUUUUACCGCACCACUCGCUCUUUGAUGUCUUACAACAAAAACAUGCGAUUUUUAGCAUAUUCCACGUGAUUUUCAACAUUAUCAUUCACCUGAUAAUCGGAGUUCCUUUGGAAUUGGUGCACACAUGGAGGAUAUACGUUUUGUAUGCGAUUGGAGUGUUGUUCGGUACUCCAGUCCGUCCAAUUUCCGAUGACGUGGAUGAUUUCAGGAGCUCUGAUGUCCCUGGCCCUUGAUCCGAGUGUAUUUCUGAUGGGUGGAGCACCUGGUUCAUUUGCUCUUAUCGCUUCGCAUAUCACAACAAUUCUGACCAACUUCAAAGAAAUGGAGAAUGCGACAGUCCGUCUUCCGCUUCUCAUUCUUUUCGCUGCUCUCGACUACGCCCUUGCAGUCUAUCAACGGUUCUUUGCGCCUCGAAUCGACAAAGUCAGAUUUCUAUUCAGUCUCUUUUCCUAUUCACUUCAUUUAGGUUUCCAUGUACGGUCACUUGGGCGGUCUCGUCGCCGGAGUCCUGUUCACGUUUAUCUUGCUCCGUGGCUCCAAACCCUCCCGGUUCUACACCGUCUCCUUCUGGGUUUCGCUCGUACUCGCCGGAUUCUUUAUUGCCAUCUGUAUCGCUCUCAUUGCUGCUCCCAAUCUUUUACAUUGA